AUGGCGACGCACAGCUGCGCUCCACUGUCUCCCGGUGGCCCCAAGAUGGCGAGCGGCGCGGAACCGGAGCCGGGACCGGAGCUGGGGCGGGUGGUGGAGGCUCUGGAGCUGCUGCUGCGGCGGCCGCCCGCCGGGCCCGGUGAGCGGGAUGGUGGCGAAGUCGGGCACAGCCUGGAAGGCUCCCUGCGACCAGAGACACUGCGCAGCAACGCGGCGGAGCUGGAGAAGCGGCUACGGCAGGCACCAGGCUGGGACUCGCUGCGCGGUCUGCGCUGUGCUGUGCUAUCCCGGGCCCCCGCGCUGGCCACCGGGGUGGCGGACGAAACCGAGCAGGGCUGGGCGGCUGCCUGCGGGUUGCUGGCGCUGCUGCUGUGCCUGAAGGAGCGACUGGCCACGCUCGCCGCCGCCGCCACCUCCACCUCCACCUCCCAUGAGGCUGGGGCCGGAAUUGGGGCUGCCCCGCCGCCCAGCGCCGACACGCUGAGUGUGGGGCAGACCCGGGCGGUGGGCCGGGCACUGCGGGCCGCGGUGGGCCUGGGGCUGGUGCCGUACCUGCCGCCGGGCGUGGGGCAGCGCCUGGGUUCCCCAGCGAUAUCCCCUGCCCCACCGGCAGCCCGAGGUGCCCGGCUCCGCGCUGCCACUGCCGCCUUGGCCGAGCUCACCCAGCACCCAGCACUGGCCGGCCUGCUCCUGGCCCGUCACCUCGGCCUCCUCCUCGCCAGCCUCUGCCUGCUGGGCCACGGUCCUGCCACACACUGUGAGGGUGUUACAGAAGCAGAGCGAGUUCGGUGCCAGGAGACCUUACGGCACAUCUUGGACCAUGUCUACCAGCCACUGGCAGUGCAGGAGCUGCUGGUCCUGCAGGGACGGCCCAAGCAGGGUCCUCCCUCUCCAGGAGACGACACAAAGCCAGCCCUUGCACGAGCUCCAGCCUGGCUGCGGCGCCUUUGUGGGCAGCUGCUCUCCGAGAGGCUCCUGAGACCCAGUGGGGUUCAGGCUGUGGUUCGGGGCAUCAUGGAGGGGACAGGUGGUUGUGCUGGUGCUGAAACAGCAGCUGUGGACUGGAGGAAAUGCGAUGCAGUCGCCAAGAUCCUGGCAUCCUGCCCGCAGCAGUGCCUUUCCCUGGAGGACUACUACAGCCUGGUGUGCCCCCAGAUUCUGGACUUGCUGCACAUCCAGGACAAGCUGACUGCAUGCCAGUUCCAGGGAGUGGCCACCAGGACUCUGCUCACCAUGGUGAAAGAGCACCCUCAGCUGGCAGAGAAGCACCUGCUCCAGCCCCUUCUGGCACCGCUUCUGCGGUGCUCUGAGGCAGCAGAGCUGGCAGUGGAAGGUGUUCCGGCAGGAACUGUGCUGGUGGCAGAGACAGAGCUCAGCAGCUGUGUGGAGGAUGUGCUCAAGGUGUAUGUGGUUGGGAAUGACAGCUCAAGCCUGCUGCUGGGAUCCUUACAGUCAGUCCUGGGAGUGGUUUUUUCCCUCUAUUCCUUCGCCAAGCAGAAUGUGUCAUACUUACGCUCCCCAUGCCAGGAUAUCCUGCUGUGGUUCUUGGAGAAGUCGGAGCGAGAGGUCUCACUGGCUGUGCUGGAAGGCUUUGCAGGGCUGAACAGCAGCACCCACAUCCUUCACCCACGGUGCAGGUUCUGCGUGGGCAGUGAGGGUGGUGCCACCAUCACAGUGGAAGAGACCAUCAGUGAUGAAGAUGAAGCUCUCUACCGGAAGGUUUCUGCAGAGCAGAGCCGUGUGGAGAGCUUGGUGGAGCUCUUGUCUCACUGCCAGAAGAGUGGUCUGGCUGGGGACUUCUUCAUCCGCUGCCUGAAGGAGCUGACUCGUGUAGCUGCAGAGGACAAGGAGGCAUCAAACUCAGCCAUGACGCCUGAAAGGAGUCUCCUGGAGCUGGAGCAGUACCAUGCUGGGCAGAGGAGGAAGUUGUUGGUCCUGCAGCUCGUGGCCACGCUGUGUGAGAAUGUCUCGGGCACCGUGUUCACAGACAUUACUCAGGUGCAGGAGUUUGUGGCAGCCACUCUGCAGCGAGCCUGUGUCAGGCCGGCACAAGGCCCCGGCGCAGCGGCCGAGGCGCAGACCCUCGCCAUGGCCAUGGGGCUCGUGGCUGCCAUGCUCGGCGGAGCCGUGCAGCUCCAGUCCAGUGACUUUGCCGUGCUGAAGCAGCUGCUGCCCUGGCUGGAGGAGCUCUCCCGCACCUACCCUGAGCCCCUCACCCAGGAGCUGGCCACUGACCUGCGCAUCGCCAUCUGCACCCACGGGGCUGUCUCCCUGGGGUCAGUGGGUGCUGCUGCCAGUGCUGUGCUGGGGAAGAAGCCAGGGACAGGAGUGCAGAGCCCUGCUGGAGCCCCAAGCCCAGGCAGUGGCCAGGCACCAUCACAGAGCAGCCACAGCAGCCACUCAGCUCCCAGGGAGAGGAGCCAAGGGCCGAGUGUGUGCCACGAGCCUGGUGCUUCAGGUUCUGCUCCAGCUCCAUGUGCCAGCAGCACAGCCUUGGCUGGGCUCCAGGAGCUCCUGGUGUCAGCCUAUGACCCACAGCCCCCCAGCCGGGCAGCUGCCCUGCGCCAUCUUGCCAGCCUGAUCACACAGCGAGAUCCAGAGGCUGUUCAGCUUCAGGAGAAACUCCUGCAGGUCUUCCUGGAGAACCUGCAACAUGAGGAUGCCUUUGUCUACCUCUCAGCCAUCCAAGGUGUUGCCUUGCUCUCCAGUGAGUACCCAGAGCAGAUCCUGCCUGUCCUGCUGGCACAGUACAAGUGCCCGGUGCAGGGCAUGGAGGACACUGCAGCUGCCAUCACCCGGAUGAAGCUGGGCGAGGUGUUGAUGCGUGUCACCCGGGCACUGGGGGACAUGGUGUUCCAGCACCGGGAGCCGCUGAUCCAGGCCUUCCUGCGGGGUGCCCGCGAUCCCGACAGCGCGCUGCGGGCCAGCAGCCUCUCCAACCUGGGCGAGCUCUGCCAGUACCUCGGCUUUCAGCUGGGAUCCAUCGUCCAGGAGGUUACCUCCUGCUUGACAGCCAUAGCCAGAACAGACCCCGAGGCUGAGGUGCGAAGAGCUGCUGUGCACGUGGUGGUGCUCCUGCUGCGGGGGCUCAGUGACAAGGCCACUGAGGUGCUGCGGGACGUGCUGCGGGAUCUCUACCGGCUGCUGAAGCACGUGGAGAGAGCCGAGCCUGACAGAGCGACUGUGCUGCAUGCCCAGCUGGCGCUGGAGGAGCUGGAUACCAUCAUGAGGAGGGUGCUCUUCCCCCCACAGACCCUGCAGAAGAAGAUUGUGGUGCUGCCAUAGUGGUGCCAGGGGACACCGAAAUGAACUCUUGGUGCUCCCCGAGGGGAAGGGAUCGCUGUGUCCCUGGGGUGCAUCUGGCAGGUGCCAAUUGGGAAGGAAAUGGGAGGGCAAGUGGCCAGGGCAGG